GUCCUCCUCGCCGCAGGGCUGCGCAACGCGCCGCGCUGCUGGGACGUCAUCCAGCCGCUGCUCUGCGCCGUCUACAUGCCCAAGUGCGAGGACGGGCAGGUGGAGCUGCCGAGCCAGACGCUGUGCCAGGCCACGCGCGCGCCCUGCACCAUCGUGGAGCGUGAGCGCGGCUGGCCCGACUUCCUCAAGUGCACGCUGGAUCACUUCCCCGAGGGCUGCCCGAACGAGGUGCAGAACAUCAAGUUCAACAGCUCGGGGCAGUGCGAGGCGCCGCUGGUGCGGACCGACAACCCCAAGAGCUGGUACGAGGACGUGGAGGGCUGCGGCAUCCAGUGCCAGAACCCGCUCUUCACCGAGAAGGAGCACCGCGAGAUGCACGUCUACAUCGCCGCCUUCAGCUCCGUCACCAUCUUCUGCACCUUCUUCACGCUGGCCACCUUCGUCGCCGACUGGAGGAACUCCAACCGCUACCCGGCCGUCAUCCUCUUCUACGUCAACGCGUGCUUCUUCGUGGGCAGCAUUGGCUGGCUGGCGCAGUUCAUGGACGGCGCCCGCAACGAGAUCGUGUGCCGCGCCGACGGCACCAUGCGGCUGGGCGAGCCCACCUCCAACGAGACGCUCUCGUGCGUCAUCAUCUUCGUCAUCGUCUACUACUCGCUCAUGUCGGGCGUCAUCUGGUUCGUGAUGCUCACCUACGCCUGGCACACGUCCUUCAAGGCGCUGGGCACCACCUACCAGCCGCUGGUGGGCAAGACCUCCUACUUCCACCUCAUCACCUGGUCCAUCCCCUUCGUGCUCACCGUGGCCAUCCUGGCCGUGGCCCAGGUGGACGGCGACUCCGUCAGCGGCAUCUGCUUCGUGGGCUACAAGAACUACCGCUACCGGGCCGGCUUCGUCCUGGCGCCCAUCGGGCUCGUCCUCAUCGUGGGCGGCUACUUCCUCAUCCGCGGGGUCAUGACUCUCUUCUCCAUCAAAAGCAACCACCCCGGGCUGCUGAGCGAGAAGGCGGCCAGCAAGAUCAACGAGACCAUGCUGCGGCUGGGCAUCUUCGGCUUCUUGGCCUUCGGCUUCGUCUUCAUCACCUUUGGGUGCCACUUCUACGACUUCUUCAACCAGGCGGAGUGGGAGCGCAGCUUCCGCGAAUACGUCCUGUGCGAGGCCAACGUGACCAUCGCCACGCAGACCAACAAGCCCAUCCCCGAGUGCGAGAUCAAGAACCGGCCCAGCCUGCUCGUGGAGAAGAUCAACCUCUUCGCCAUGUUCGGCACCGGUGUCUCCAUGAGCACCUGGGUGUGGACCAAGGCCACCCUGCUCAUCUGGAAGCGCACGUGGUGCAGGCUGACAGGGCAGAGCGACGACCAGCCCAAGAGGAUUAAGAAGAGCAAGAUGAUCGCCAAGGCGUUCUCCAAGCGCAAGGAGCUGCUGCGCGACCCGGCGCGCGAGCUCUCCUUCAGCAUGCACACCGUCUCGCACGACGGGCCCGUGGCCGGCUUGGCCUUCGACAUCAACGAGCCGUCGGCCGACGUGUCCUCGGCGUGGGCGCAGCACGUCACCAAGAUGGUAGCCCGCCGGGGCGCCAUCCUGCCCCAGGACGUCUCGGUGACACCCGUGGCCACGCCAGUGCCACCGGAGGAGCGCGCGGUGCCGUGGGCGCCCGACGGCGACGUCUCUCCGGAGCCGCGGAAACGCGGCGCCCGGCGGAAGAAGCGGCGGAAGAAGAAGAAGAAGGAGGUUUCGCCCUGGCCGGACGCCUGGGCCCCUGGCGCGCUGCCGGUGCCGCCGUGCCGCCGGCUCGCCCUGGCUCCCAUCCAUUCCCGCACCAACCUGGUGGACGCGGAGCUGCUGGACGCCGACUCGGACUUCUAGGACGUGCGGCGAGCGGUGCCGUGAGCGCCUGGGGACGCCCCGCAGCCCUGCGGAGGAGCCCUCACGUUCCGGCCGGGAUCUGGACUGGGAGCCCUGCUCAUUCCUGCCAGGGUUCAGACUGGGAGCCCUGUGUGUUCCGGCCAGGAUCCGGAGAGGGAACCCCGUGCGUUCCAGCUGGGAUUCGGACUGGGAGCCCCACACGUUCCAGCUGGGAUCCGGAUUGGGAGCCCUGUGUGUUCCAGCCGGGAUCUGGAGUGGGAGCCCCACACGUUCUGGCUGGGAUCUGUAGUGGGAGCCCCACGCGUUCCGGCUGGGAUCCAGACCGGGAGCCCUACUCAUUCCGGGCGGGAUCCAGAGUGGGAGCACCACGCGUUCCGGCCGGGAUCCAGAGUGGGAGCCCCAUGCGUUCCAGCUGGGAUCUGGAGUGGGAGCCCCACGCAUUCUGUCCAGGAUCCGGACUCAGAGCCCCACGCAUUCCGGUCGGGAUCCGAACUCAGAGCCAGGGUGGCACUCGGAGCAGAAGACACUGCCUGGUCCUGGUUGGGGACUUCGGAGGGGACUGUGGCUCCCGCUUGGCUCCGAGGGGAGGACCCCGGGGGCCUUAGGUUAGGGUAGAUGAGCUGAGCUUCCUGGGAAAAGGCCGACUCCCGCGGGAACGACGCCUCGGUGCUCCGUAGAGCUUUCCAAUACUUGCGUCCGUAGGGGUUUAUUUUAUAUUUUUUGUAAGGUUUUUAAUCUCCAUGUCACGAGCCGGGGCUGGCCACAGCAUUCCUGCAGCCCAGCAUUCCCGGGCACCCGCUUCCCCCAGCCC